AUGGCUGGUUUCACUCUUGCGUUUCGUAUUCUAAUGGUUUGCUCCUCUGUUCUGAAGGGGAUACUCGUGGCACAGCAACCGGGGUAUAGUCUCGUUGUUGACAAUACGGUCGCGUACGAGCUUACGACUGUCACUGGUCUUCUCCUUGAGGGUGCACGCGCCUCUACCCAGUAUGGGGGAGGAUACAUCAACUUUGGCAUCGUCACCUGUAACAUCGUGGAGCCACUGCCAACUUUCACGGCGGCGACGGCCAAAUUAUCCUCCGAGUUCCUGUCAGAACACGACAAGCCUCCGCCCGAAUGUCUGUGUCAAAUCCUCGACCGUUGACGUGGUCGUUGAACUGAUAUAUCAAUCAGUGUCGUUUCCCGUGUGCAACUAUAUCUAACCUAAUCGGAUUAGGCGGGGAGGAGUUCAAAGUAUAAUUAAAGGUGUCCAUAAGCUGGCGAUAUAUGUUCUCUAUUCUUCUAUUCCUCAUCUGUGCGAUGCGUCGUUUAAGCAGACCCAUAGCCCCGAACAAGCAAUCAAGUUCUGGUUCGGUAUCCGUUCGCUG